AUCAUUUGGAAAUGUGUACAAAGUGCCUACAAGAUGAACCAGCAGCUUACGCUUGAUCACAUUUUCCUCCUGCAUGGUCUACUGAAGAGCCAAUAAUGUUAUUUUCAGACCGCCUUCGAAUGCCAUGCCAGAAGACGAACUCUCCAAUGUCUUUGCAUUCCCAGAUUAUGAACUAUCUGCCAAAUGGCUAACAUUGCCCUCGCAACCCGAGGACCAGUUCUUCGGCCUGAAAGUUGAGAAUACCCAACCCAGCAACGAUGCUGAUGCUCAUCUUUUUCGCAAAAGUGGCAAUGAGUUUUUUCAAAUCCCCGAAGGUUUCGUUCCAUCCGACCUAAAUGGCCAUGAUAACAACAGUGAUGACUCCAACGAUGUCACAACACCACUGCACGACACUGUGUUGCAUGAUCUCCAUAUCAUUGAUGAGUUAUGGCAUGAAGGAGAUCGUCAGCCAACGGCCAGCGCAGAAUACAAGACAUGGGAUGGUUUCUCAUCUGAUGUCCCACAAAAAGCCCCCCUCUUCAUUACGGAGGCUGGUCCGUUAGGGUAUGACGCUGCGAUCAGAGACGAGAAUGAUCCCCUGGGUUUUGAAAAUACAGAUCAUCUAAUUGUGCAAAGUAAUCCAUAUCUAGAGGCAUUGCUCGCGCUCGCACUCGGAAGGGGCUCGGUUUUCUUCGUGUGGGAUGGUAGGAAGUCUGCCUUCAUCCCAGCGGUACAAGACAUGAGAAUAUCCGGCUACUCUACCGAAGUCCUCCAAGGUAUACAGAGUACCUGUCUAAGAUUGGGGACGAUAACCCGUUUCCUAUCAUCUUAUGUCCAGCUUACCUACAGCAUGCGAGCUAGUGCUGCCAGGAUAGCAUUAGCCAAAGCCGUUGAUGCUUUCCUCCUAGCCAUCCAACAGCAAUUCGGUGAACUUAGGAAACAAGUGAAGUCACUAUUGCAAUUGCAGUCACUGGUACAGCCCCUUGACACCAUGCUAGUCUAUCUACGGAACCUUGUCCGUAGCAUAUCCCGGAUGAGAAACGACGAACAAGUGCUAUCCCAAAUAUUCAAUGAGACUGAGAUCCUGGAAAAUGAUCACUCGUUACUACCUGUUCUCAUGUGCGAGAUUUUAUCGCGAGUCACAGGACCUUGGGUCGACUUUGUUGAGCAGUGGAUAGGGGUGAAAGCGGAGGAAGCUUUCCCAAUGACCAAGGAUGGCCCAGGGAAGAGCUUCGUUAAAAUCGAAGAUGUAUCUAGGGUGGAUGACUUUGGGUUCGAAACUGAGGAGCACGAGUAUGUGCUUGAUGAAGCCCGCAUGCCGAAUUUCAUACCACCCAAUAUUGCGGUAGUCAUGUUUGAGGCCGGCAAGAACUUACGACUACUUCGAACACAUCAUCCAGACCAUCCACUUUGUCAUGUUAACAUCGUUGCCUCCAGCAAACCACCUGCGCUCAGAUGGCUAUUCGAUUGGGAAUCCAUCAACGAUGUACAGAAGAAGGUGAAGGCAUACGAGGGAUCGAUGCUACGUAAAAUCUUCGGGAAGUCACCUCAAGAUACUCUACCAAACGAACCCGAAGCCAGGAUAAUCUCUGGGGCGCAAGGUAUACUCCGAGUGUUUGGCAAUGACGGCGCACAUCUUGAGAAGCAGCUUCUGGCGUCAAUUCAGGCAUUGGAUCAAGCGCCACCUAUUGCAGUUGCCCAAGAUGCACUGUCGUCUUUGAUCCAAACCCUUCUAGUUCACCAAGCCGACAACCCGCAGACCACGACUUCCACAUUUGAUCUACACUGGUCACUCAUUCCACUCCAUUCAUUUGGGCCUCUCAUAACAUCGCAAGCAAGACUCAUCAAUCGCGAGUACAUGAGACUCCUCUUCAGUACCCAUGAUCUUAGAGGGCAUUUACGUGUGCAAAAGGAAUUUCAACUUCUAGGGAACGGUAUGUUCUGCAGCCGGUUAUCCCAUGCAUUAUUCGAUCCGGAUCUCGAGACAGCUGAAAGACAGGCUGGUGUUGCUUUGAACGGGGGUAUAAUGGGUCUUCGCAUGAACGGAAGAGAAACGUGGCCACCUGCGAGCUCAGAGCUACGCUUAGCCUUGAUGGGCGUGCUCGGCGAUACCUACAUGCCCCCUAUGCCACGAGAAUCAAGCGCAUCGAGGAACGAAGGUGUCGACCUUCCAGGCGAUCUCAGCUUUGCCCUCCGAGAUCUUUCUCCUGAAGAGAUCGAUAAGUGUAUGGAUCCGACUUCGCUCGAAGCACUCGAUUUCCUGAGGCUAGCCUACAAGACCCCAGCCCCGCUCUCGCCGAUUCUAACACCAGUGAUCUUGAUAAAAUACGAUAAGAUCUUCAAACUCCUCCUCCGCGUCCUACGAUUGUUGUAUGUCACAGGCCAGCUUUCUCGAGACACGUCUAGGAUGCAGCGCGAAGGUCGAAAUAUGGGUGCUGUGUGGUUACGGUUUCGGUUUGAGGCUCAGCAUUUGGUGCAAACCGUAGCCGCAUACUUCUUCGAUACGGGCAUACACACGCCAUGGUUCCAGUUUGAAGACUGGCUUGACGGAGUACAGUCUGACCUCACACGAGUGGACGCGGACACGCUAAAUGCCCGUGUGGUGAGUCCCGACGAAGUGCGUGAAGAGCAUGAGAAAAUGCUUGACCGCGUCAUGAAUAUUCUGUUACUGCGGAAAAGGCAACAGCCUGUCUUAGCAUUGCUCGAAGACACCUUCAGACUAAUUCUGAGGUUCUCCAGGCAGGUACAGCUGGAGGUGAGCGGGAAGGUGGAGGGCGAUGCCAGCCAGGUCAUAAUACAGGAGCUUUAUCAAAAAUUCAGGAAGAAAGUGGAAGUCUUCAUUACUGUCUGUCAUGGAAUUGGUGAAAAGGCAGUAUCCACGGGCAGAGGAACGAGGCGGGAUUUAGUGAAUGAAGAUGAGUGGCGGAACGAGAACUUCAAUGACGAGAACACGAUUGACAAGCUUCUUGUCAAGCUAGACAUGCUGGGGUAUUAUUCGCGCCCUAGAUUCUGAUAUUCACGUUGUCCAAGAUACCCACAACAGAUUAAUAAAAAUAAUUGAGUUCAUUCGUCGGAUUAGUGUGUAUGCUGGC